UUAGUAUUGAGUGACGAGUCGGUAGUGGCGUUAAGAAGUUGCGCUAAAAACGAUUAUAACUAUUUUUUUCUAACGGGGUUUAGCUAGUUUAAGUGGAACGCUUUUGGGAAGUUUUGUUAUCAUCACCAUCAUGAAGGCCACAACUGAGACUUCCAGUUGUAACAAAAUUGGUAAAUCAUCAAGAAGAGAGCGUGAAGGAAUUCACAACGAAAUGCACCAACUUCUAGCGAAACUCACGGAGUUAGUCCCCAACAUGCCGAGAAACAAGAGGCUUUCGAAACUCGAAAUCAUUCAAAAUGUGAUCGACUACAUCGUAGAUCUACAGAUCGCUCUGGAAACUCACCCGGCUUCCAGGCCUACAAACACCGGCAACAGUCCGAACCGGCAGCCGCUCGGCGUUCUCUCUCCAUCGGGUAAUCCCUGUGCUGCCCACGAGGCGAUUCACCCCGAAAAGGCACCAAGUCACCUCAGCGACCUUGUUGUUGGGCCGAAGAGGCCCGUUUCUUGUUAGACCCACUUUGAUCGAGUUUGGCCUUGGUUUCACAGAAACUUAUUACUAGUCCGAGAGAGUAUUGCACGAGCUAAGGAUGUGACGUUUUCACCUGUGAUGAUGACAAGACCUAACUAUUUGUAUGACGUCAAGUUACACAAUACUGUAUACUUAUCAACAGGGUGCAGAGUCUUGGUGGUCCAGAAAGUUGAACAGGGAAUAUAUAUGUAUAUAAAUAAAAGAAAACACACCUUUGUAAAUCUUUUAUUUUAUCUGCUUACUUAAUUUCUUUCAGGUUGAGAUUCCUGUGUAUUUGUUUUUCGGAGUGAAAGUGGUCACAAAAGUAAUUUUAUGAAGUGAAAGACAAGUGUGGAACUGUGAUUAUUUCAUUCGUUUAAACUCUGUAAAAUGUGUGAAUAUUGAUUUGUGUACAUUUUGUACGGUAUACCGUCGCAGCACUUUUCGAUCUUUGUACACGGGGUUGAUUUGUACCUUGUGUUAUUAUCGAAAUCCUUUACUUGUUUACCAUGUACAAUGUUUGUGAUAAAAAGCGCUGGCAAACUGCCAAGUUUUUAUGUAUAUACGUGUAGUUAGAUCAAAGAAAGAUUUAAGAAAAUGAAGAAAAUAAAUAUUUGAAACUUCCUUA